GAUAUAGAAGACGAAGAAAAACUUGAGCUCAAGAGAACUGAAAAGCCCGAAUGGUUCUUGCCUUCAGGGUCCUUGCCGUCACCCUUCAAGUCGGGUAGGUCAUGGUGACAUCAUAAGCACGACGUCCUCCUCCGCUACCUCAGCCCGAGCUCCGUCGCGUCCGCGCCGAUCGUCCACACCUCCUCUACAAGGCCGGGGGGCGUGGCCCGAGCUAUUCCGUAUUCUUCAUCCGUUUCCAAAUCUGCGGCUUGGCAGCAAAUCGUAGAAGAUGAGCGUGCUUCCGAGUAGAGUAGCUGCUCUACUUAGGUGUCUGAGACCGGUCCACAGGUUUUACUCAUCGCCGGUGGUCCAGGUUCCUCCCCCGGUCAACGAACCCACUCUCUCAUUCGCGCCAGGCUCCGAGGAGAGAGCUUGCGUGGAAAAAGCACUAGGUGAUCUGCACGGUCACGUUGAGGAGAUUCCAUGUGUGGUCGGAGGCAGGGAGAUCUUUACCGGCAACCUCCAGAAACAAGUCUCACCGUAUGACCAUCAGCGAGUGAUAGCUCACUAUCACUAUGCCGACAAGGAUUUGAUCAACGAGGCUAUUGGCUGUGCAUUGGAGGCAAAGAGACAAUGGGAGGAUACACCAUAUGAACAUAGGGCGGCAGUUUUCCUCCGCAUGGCUGACCUGAUCAGCACAAAGUACCGCUAUCAAGUUAUAGCCACCACCAUGCUCGGACAGGGGAAGACAGUGCUCCAAGCAGAGAUUGAUUCCACGUGUGAAACUAUUGACUUCUUCCGGUUCGCAGUGAAACAAGGCCUAGACUUGCAGGGUCAACCAUCGGUCCACUCUCCUCGCAUCUGGAAUAGAUUGGAAUACCGCGCUCUCGAAGGCUUCAUUGCUUCCAUCUCUCCCUUUAACUUUACCGCCAUCGGCGCCAAUCUCGGAGCCACGCCCACUCUGAUGGGCAACGCCACACUCUGGAAGCCGUCUGACACGGCCAUGCUAUCAAAUUGGACCAUGUUCAAGAUAUUGAGAGAGGCGGGGCUGCCCCCCGGGGUCGUCAAUUUCGUCCCGGCCCCUGGCCCCCUGUUUGGGGACACUGUUACCGACUCUCCGGAUUUGGCUGGUGUCAGCUUUACCGGCAGUUCAACGACAUUCAAGCAUCUGUGGAAAUUGACGGGCAAAAAGCUGGACACUUACAAAACGUUCCCAAGAAUUGUUGGAGAGUGUGGUGGGAAGAACUACCACUUUGUGCAUCCGUCGGCCGAUGUCGACAACGUAGUCUUCUGCUCUGUACGAGGAGCCUUUGAGUACUGUGGUCAGAAGUGCUCAGCCACCUCCAGAAUGUAUGUCCCCGAGAGCUUGUGGACUGAGAUACGAGACAAAAUGGUGGCCAUCACAAAGGAAAUCAGAGUUGGGUCGCCUGAGGAUUUCCGUAAUUUCAUUGCUGCCGUCAUUGAUGCCAAGUCAUUCCAGAAGAUCAGCGGAUAUCUGGACUAUGCUAACUCCAGUGAUGAACUGACACUGUUAGCAGGAGGCUCUGCUGAUGAUAGUGUCGGCUACUUUGUCCAGCCAACCAUCUAUCAGACAACCAACCCAAGGAACAAGCUAAUGCAAGAGGAGAUAUUUGGUCCAGUCCUGACGGUGUACGUGUACCCUGACAGUGAGGCAGAGGAGAUGCUGGAGGUUGUCAACAGUACCUCAGUCUAUGGCCUCACUGGAGCAGUCUUCUCCAACGACAGGUACUUCAUCCUGAAGGCCAUGUCAGUUCUGAGACACUCUGCCGGCAACUUUUACAUCAACGACAAGUCCACCGGCUCUGUGGUCGGCCAGCAGCCAUUUGGUGGCUCUCGAGGCUCAGGUACCAAUGACAAAGCAGGUGCAGUGUCCUACCUGCAGAAGUGGGUGUCUCCAAUGUCGGUGAAGGAAGCCACUGCCCCCUGCACAGAGUGGAGCUACCCUAGUGUUGACCAGUAGAGACCAAAUAUAUAGAGCAGAAAUAAUAGUGCAGCUGAAUGAAAGACUUGCAUUUCGGGGCAUUGUGUAUGCUUUUUAAUACAGGAAAGUGUACUUGUGUAUAUACAUUGUGAGCCCAUUUGUAAUACAAACCUGUACUGACUCUGAAACAACAAGUU